AUGUUCAUUCCAUUAUCAUCCUCAACAACAAUAAAUAUGAGUUGUCUCUAUAUUUUAAUGAUAAUCUUCCUUAAAUCAUCUUGCGCUUAUGUUGUUGAUUCAAAUGAAUUAACAAAUAAUCAAAUUGAUCAACAACUCGGAUUAAAUUUACCUGCAUAUUAUGAUCGGUAUAUUCGUACAACAAAAUUUCCACGUAUUGGUCGUUCAUCAUUAACUAGUGAAGAAAUUUCUUCUCUUUUUGAUGCUAAUACAAGUACUAGUAGUGAAGAAAAUUAUGAUGAACAUAACAAUAAUGAUAAUGAAUUAAGAUUGCUUGAACAACGUAGUGUCUUUUUUCCACGUAUUGGCAAACGUGCAUUUCAUAAUUUACUUUGGGCAAACAGUCUAUCAAAUCCACAUCGUAUGUUAGAUGCUGAAGGUCGAUAUUAUAUUAAUGGUUAUGAUUAUCAUGUACACCGACCUCGACCAUCGCCAAUAGCACGCUAUCGAAGCAAACGAAAUCUUCCCAUGUGA